GUGCUGAUGUGAAGGCAGCUGAAGAAUUUCGGGAAACUCUAGAUAUGCUGAUAGUGGAGGAAAAUUAUUUGCCAGAGCAAAUAUUCCAUAUGGAUGUAAUUUCUAUAUUCCGAAAAUGGAUGCCUGAAAGGACUCUCAUCCCUAAGGAGGCCCAGUCAAUGCCAGGAUACGAGGCUUUUAAGGACAGGGUAACAGUCUUGCUUGGGGGCAAUGUUUCAGGCUACACAUGGACACCAUUUGUGAUCUGGCACAGUGAGAGCCCAGGGCCUUCAAGCAUGUCAAUAAGUACAUGUAAAACUGAGGUUGCAGAUAAGUCGUGUUACAGAAGGAAUGAAGGUGGGUCAAAGUACGGGUACUGCCGCAAAGUGAACGACACACGCAUCCCCUGUAAAGCAAGUGAUGCCAUGUGUGGCAAAUUGUUCUGUCAUGGUGGAUCGGAUAAUUUGCCUUGGAAAGGACGUGUAGUAACUUUCCUGACAUGUAAAACAUUUGAUCCUGACGACAACAGUCAAGAAAUAGGCAUGGUAGCCAAUGGAACGAAGUGUGGAAACAAGGAGGUUUGCAUUAAUGGAGAGUGUGUGGAUAUCGAGAGAGCCUACAAAUCAACCAACUGUUCAUCUAAGUGCAAAGGACAUGCUGUAUGUGAUCACGAGCUCCAGUGUCAGUGCAAAGAAGGCUGGGUCCCUCCCGACUGUAAUGACUCCUCAGUGGUCUUCCACUUCUCCAUUGUGGUUGGGGUGCUGUUUCCUCUGGCAGUCAUAUUUGUGGUGCUUGCUGUAGUAAUCAGGUACCGAAACACCUUAGGGAAGCAGACGAAAGUCCAGAGGCCACUGUCUAUCACUGACACCAGACCGCACAGGCAGAAGAGGAAACCAGAGAUGGUGAAGGCUGUUCAACGCCAAGAGAUGAGUCAGACGAAGCUUCAUGCCCCUGAUCUGCCAGCAGAGGGCAGUGAGCCUCCAGCUGCUUUUCUAAUUAAAAAGCCAGAUUUUCCACCACCACCGAUUCCUACAUCUGUAUCCUCUUCCUCUUUCCCUCAUAAAGUCACAAAAGUACUUUCCUCUACUGUUUUCAAGGAUAAUCCUAUGUCUACACCUAAGGGCUGCAAUCCAUAUGUCUGAAGCAACAGCUAAGCAAGGAUUAGUGGGUAAAUGAUCAACUUGGAAGACUGGACAAUGUGGAUGGAAGAAAAAAUAUAUGGACUUGCUCACUGCUAUUUGCUUUUGAUACCCAAGAAUGUUAACAUUUUUUGACUCAUGUUAUACUUUGAAAAGAUUAAACAAAAUAACAAAAAUUUUUAAGUGAGACAUACUCUUGAGAAUCUUUGUAUGAAUUAAAAUUUUCUAUUCUCCAUACUCAGGGAAGGAAGAUGACUCUAAAGAUACAGCUUUGAAGCUGAAAUCUCUAGACACUCCCUCACUUUUUUUUUUUUUUUACUGUGAUGUUGACUAAUAUCUGUUCAAAAUAUUUUAUUUUUUUUAAGAUUUUUA